UCAAUAUUGAGCAAUGAAAACUCAAAGAAAAAAAAAAGAGAAUUAAGCAUAAUAUUAAUUAGCAUUAGCCAAAAUGACAACAUCUUUUCCUAUGAAUACUGGUGAUGGUCUUUAUAGCUACUCCAAAAACUCCAAUUUGCAGAAAGAAAUAAUAGAUGGUACAAAGGAGAUGGUGAGAGAUGCAAUUAUUCGAAAUCUUGACAUCAAGAACAUUUUAUCUUCUUCAAACACAUUACGUAUUACAGAGUUGGGAUGUUCAAUUGGACCAAACACUUUUAGUUCUAUGCAACAUGUUGUACAAGCUCUAAAGGACAAACACAAAGUCAUAAAUUCCACCAAUAAUAUUCCUGAAUUCCAAGUAUUUUUCAAUGAUCAUGUAAACAAUGAUUUCAACACCCUCUUUCGAUCACUACCUAUUGAUCGAUCCUACUAUGCAUGUGGAGUUCCAGGAUCUUUUCAUGGUAGAUUAUUUCCAUCGCGAUCCAUACAUUUUGCACAUUCUUCUUGUGCUAUACAUUGGUUAUCUAAGUGUCCAAAAGAAUUAUUACAUGAAAAAUCCCUAGCAUGGAAUAAGGGAUUGAUUCACUAUGUUGGUGCAUCAAAUGUUGUAGUGAAUGCUUAUGUUGCUCAAUUUGAAAAGGACAUGGAAAUGUUCUUCAAUGCAAGAGCUGAGGAAAUUGUCCAAGGAGGAAUGAUGGUGAUUCUUUCACCAUUUACAUGUUAUACACGUCUCAUGGGAUUUUUCGGUUCUAGUCUUAUGGAUUUGGUGAAUGAGGGAAAACUAGAUGAAUCUCUAGUUGAUUCAUUCAAUUUGCCAAUGUAUUUUCCUUCUCCUCAAGACAUGACUAAAGUUGUGGAGAAAAAUGGUUGUUUUAGCAUUGAGAAAAUGGAGUUGAGAUAUCCCAAAUCAAAGAUCUUAGAUGAAGUUGAUGCAAAGACUUUAAUGUUAACCGUAAGAGCUUGUUUAGAAGGAGUUCUAAUCAAUUAUUUUGGAAGUAAAAUAGCAAAAGAAGCUUGUGAUAGAACAAUUCUCAAAAGUGAAGAUAUCUCAGCAUGGAUGAAAGUUAAUUAUGAAAAACCAAGUACAUUAUUUGUCGUUCUAAAGCGUAAAUAAAUUUCUACCAAUAAAUUUAUGUAUUAAAUAAUUUAGGUCUAUGAAUAUGUGAGACAUCCCAUUGGCCAAGUAUUGUCUUUUUCCUAAUGUUUUGAGAUUAUUUCUCGUUUGUUUCAUUUUAUGUGAUCUCUACGAAGAAA